UUCAAAUGACGUUACAUCAUGGGAGGCUCAAGUCAUGCGUUUACAUUACAGUACAGAAAUUAAAGAGACAAAAGUAUAGAUAACCAGGUACAUACGGUAAUAUUACAUCUCCAGCGGUUAGUCAUAUAUUGAGCCUCUAUCAAUUUUCGCGACGUUUGAUGAACUUCGACAAGGGCAACCUGCUUUUUGAUAUCACCUUUAUUAAAUAUAGAACUGGCUUCUCAGAUGCUGUAAAGGUAUUAGCGAGAUGGAACCAUCACAGCCUACAACGCCGAGUAAAACUGCCGGUACUCCUGACCCAAAACCACUUACUCCAGAGCAAAUCCAGCGUAUAGUAGGCAUGACCUUUGAUCCGGUUAUAACAUGAAAGACAAGGAAUCAAGCAGCUAAAGGCAAUUUUCAGGAAUUAAACCGCUUGAAAGCAAAAGCUCUUCGUGAACAACGAGAGGCCGAAGCACGAAACCGCGGCACGGGUGGUUCUAUUGUAGCUGGGCGGAAGAGGCCCAUAUCUUCCGUACUCUCGCCAUCCAAAACGCCAGCCAACCUUCGAGAUGGACGAAAUAACCCAUCCACGACAGGUGAACGGCCGCUGGAUACUAUACGGCCUGUACGGGCGUUCGCCAAAUAUGUAGAGUAUGACUUUAGCAAGAUGACAGAUACCAAGGGUGGAUUCUUGACUGCCGAAGAUGACCCUCACAACAAGGCUCUAUACUCCAAGGAUCAUGAUGGAAAGCCGGCUCAUAUGACCCAACGAGACUGGGAGCGGUAUCAGCAACUACAGGCUGCUCGGAAAGAUCCCCAUGGGCCCUUUGCUCCAGGGGCUACAGUACAGGACUCUGGAAAGCAGAAGAAGUGUCGGGAAUGCGGUACCGUGGACAUCGACUGGAAAUGGGACGAGGUUUUCAAGUGUUCUAUUUGCAGUGUUUGCAAGGAGAAAUUUCCCGAGAAGUACAGCUUACUCACAAAGACAGAAGCAAAGGAAGACUAUCUCCUCACUGACCCUGAACUCAAAGAUGAAGAACUGCUCCCUCACCUAGAGCGGCCGAACCCGCAUAAGUCAACAUGGAAUAACAUGAUGCUCUUCCUCCGGUUCCAGGUAGAAGAGUACGCCUUCUCGGCGAAAAAAUGGGGGUCCCCCGAAGGCCUUGAUGCCGAGUUCGAACGGCGGGAAGCCGACAAAAAGAAACGAAAAGAAGCACAGUUCAGGACAAAGCUGAAAGAACUGAAGAAACGCACCCAGUUCGAGGCGCAUCGCAGGAACCGGGAGGGCGGCGGCGGUUCGUUUGGCGAUACCCUUGGUGGCCGCCAGAGGCACGUCCAUCAAUGGGGGAGGCCAGUAGACAACGCCGAGACGGGCAUGAGCGUCAAGACCUGCGUCGACUGCGGCAUGGAGGUAGAAGAGAUAGUAUUCUAAUAUGUACCUUGCCUUUUCUCCCCGCGAUCUUGUUCCUCUCUGGCUUCAAGCGGUUGUCACUAUGUUAUUGUUUGUAUAUAAUUGGCGGGAUUAUUCAUAGCAUCCCAGGAAUGCCAGAGCGCGGCUUGGCAGGCUAAAAAGUGAGCUUCGAACAACAAGCAGCGAUCCUUUUUUUUUAUUUUUAUUCAACAC